ACUAUCAACGCGCAGUAUGAGAUCAAUCCAGACGUCAACGAGAAGCUAGAUUAUCAAUUCGACGAAGUCGUCAGAGGUCGUCAAGCACGGCAGAGGCUCCAUGGCACCGACUGUGACUGCUGCCGCGAUUACUAUGAAGCGGUCGGACCGCUUCCCCCGCGCCUCUCCGCGCCCAUGUGGCGGUCCCCGUCCCCGUCCCCUGCCCGGCCUGCCGAACGUCAGGACGCUAUCGACAGCCACAAGCAGGAGAUAUCGCGGCAUCGGCAGCAGUGGCAGCGCGGCAAUACGCCGCCUGACUUUUGGGUCAUCGGGUUCCCGGAUACACAGGCAGCAUCAAGAAUCAACGCGCAGGCUGAGCAGAUGCACAAGGAGAAGGUGGAGAUGGUGGAACGAGAGACAAGGAAGGAAGGAGGGAUGUACAGGAAGCGUGGUCAACUCUGA